AUGGGUCAACAUGCCCUCAAUAUUGACUCGUCAGUCAGCGAAUUGUUUGUGGUUUCAAAACUGUUUGGAUUAAUGCCAAUCGAAAAACAAAAAAAUUCGCAAGUCUACACCCAUAGUUUCUUCUGUAUAAUCUACGGCAUUAUUGUGUCCACAAUUUUGUUCUUUGGUUUUUUAUACUUAGGAGAGGAUGUUAUGAUUCAGUAUGACAGUAAUACAGUUUCUGAUGCCAGUGGCUGGUUAGAUUUAUACUCAGGAACUGUAACUCAAACUCUUGGAAUGAUCAUGAAUUGCAUUAACGCUAAAAAAUUGGCACUAUUCUUCAACAAAAUUGUUAGAAUAGAUAAACAAUUUGAUUUGUUACAGAAGCAGAUUGACCAUACCCAAGUACACGUGUUUAUAAGAGCUGCUUUUGGGAUAGUAGCUGCUGAGUUUUGCAUAACGUUAAUUCCAGAAUACUUUUUAUUCAUCAAAGAUGAAAGUAUAUUGUACCUCUUCUGUUCAUAUUUUCCUAUUUUAACAACAGGUUUGCUAAAAGUGCAGUUUACAACCUGUGUUUACAUAAUUUUACAAAGAACUAAGAAUGUUGAAGUUGUGUUAGAAGGAAUUGAGAAGUCAGCAUCGAUGAGAAAAAUAGUGGUUUUAAAAACUUCGAAUGAUUGUUUUGUAUCAAGAGUGGAACUGCUACAUGGCAUCCAAAACGACUUAUGCAAGUUAUGUCAAAUAAUCAAUGAAAUCUAUGGGCUACAAAAUUUUUUGAUUGUACUUUCAACCUUUGCGAUAUGUAUCACAGAGAUUUAUUUUUGUUACAGUGAAGGAUUAAAUAGUGAAAAUUUUGCAUCUGUAUAUUUUUCACUUCAGUGGGCGUUUUUACAGUUAGUUGAAAUGAUUUUGCUUGCAUUUUUUUGUGACAGUGUAACUACGCAGUUCAACAGUUUGAAAUAUGUUAUCAGCAGGUUGCAGUUAAACUCAAAGAAUGAACAGCUAAAUUUUGUGCUGAAAGUAUUUUCCCUGCACGAGUUGCAUCGUAGGGUUCAGUUCAUGGUAUGUGGACUAUUUGCUUUUGACUUUGGAAUGAUUCAAAUGCUGUGUGGGAUGAUAUCGACGUAUCUCAUCAUUAUGAUUCAGUUGGACAUUGCCACGUUUCAAACAAAAUCUUCUGAGCACCACUAA